AUGUUGCAGCGUCUCAGUACGCAUCCCAAUCCAGCAACACCGGUUACACAGUCCACAUCUAUUGAUGCUGUUGCCGGCAGCAUCACUGAAUUCGUGUAUGACCUCGACACAGGAACGAUAUUUGAUUCCUGGUUCGAAAGUCUGGAAUAUGUCUUCCGGGUCCAAUUUUCGGAGGCCGAUGAUGAAUGGAAGAUGCUAUUAUUGCUCCCAAAGUUGGGAACCAAAGAACGUGGCCGUCACACAGACAUGAUCCUCUCCAAAAUUUCACGUGAUUUCACCUUCGAAGAAACAGUCCAACAACUUUCAGACACGUUUGAUAACGUCGGUCGUUUAAUCCUGAUUUGGCGUCUCAGCUCACGUCAAACAGCUGUGCAUUUAUUCCCGCGCAGUUCAUAUGCGAACCCGGCCACUUCAUUACCAUUGUCUGCACCCAUCCCGAUCGAAUCACCUCUUACCAGUGGUGGUUAUGUGACUCGUAUGCGUCGCGAACUGGUAUCCGAUCUGGUUCAGAUGAUUCGUCCCGUUGCAACCAUUACCAAGGGAGAUUUGUUACAAUCCGAUGUGGACACUCCGUUGGGUCGUUGGCAAGUGACCACGGAUUUGAUUGUUGAAGAGCUGGUGGUGGACGAAUUGGCAGCUCCGAUUUGGCUCCGGAUGAGGCGAAAAUUGCGAAAACACUGGGAAGAAGCUGCAAUCUGGUUGUAUGACCUAUCGCGGAUGGCUUUUGAGGCAUCCGCGGCUGAACGACGUCGCGUCGAGGGAGAUCAACAAGAGAAGCCAUCGACUUCCUCGUCCGGCACGCAAAACAAUCGAGCCUCGGAAACUAGACCUCGCCAUCCGUUGGGUUCCGCGCCGGUGCUCAGUCUGAACUCACUCACCUACGAUCAGCUUGUGUUAAACGCACCGAGGAGUCAUCAGUUGUUGGUACUUUGUGUUCGUGGUGGUGGAAAAGCUACAUCCCAGGAUGAACGGUUGUGUAAACGAUUCUCGCGCCUCACAGCUCAUUGCGUGAGCUCUCGUGUCCAAUGUGCACAAAUGUCCCUGGAACGUUACGGUGGUUGGCUGGCCAAAUUGUUGCAACACACUCGAGGUGGACUGCCAGUUCGUGUACGUCGGGAUCACGACGUGUCGGAGGAUUCUCACGCUCCCGGGACUAUCUUUAUCAACUUGGCCAACUGUGUGGGAACUGUGAUCGCGGUCAAUGGCGCACGAUGCUAUUUCAGUCUAUAUCAUCCGGUGAUUCAUCGAGUAGAAUCCAGUGGAGAAUCUUCGAAUUCUUCAGAUACUGCUGGCUCGGAUACAGAAGCCUGUCGACGUACACUUAAACCAGACCCAGACGCUGUUCAGGUUGCCAGAGGAGGUGAGGGUCCCCGAUUACGCCGCAGACGGAUUUUUGCACAUGCGUUUGGACUGGAUUCCGAUGAUGAUAUUGAUCCUGACAGUUUGGAUAUGUUUGAACCGUCAACCAGGAAACGGGCCUCCUCUGAAUAUGCGGAUGACAUUCUACUAGAGAGUGAACUGCUCGAUGGAUUGCCAAAUUGGCUUGAUCGUCUCUUUGAAGGUUCUUUGGCUCGGCACCAGCUUCAAGAGUGGCCAAUCAAUAUGCGUGGUGAUGAUUACUAG